UUGUAGGGACCUACUAAGUUUAAACCAUAGAUAAUUCAGUUCCGGAAAUGAGGCCACACCCAAUCCUAAUGCUGGCACUAGUGCUUGGGCCAAUUCUACUGGCCAAACCAGCGAUAUCUGGUACACACUGGAUAGUGCUGCCGGACAAAAUUACGCCAAGUGUGCCUCUGCCAAUAACGUUCAACUUUUACAAUACGUCAGAAGACGUGAUGGUCAAAAUGGACCUUCUUCAGGACGACCACCACAGUCUUGUAUCUCUUACACAUACGUUUGCUAACGGAGAAGGCGGAUUGCUUCAGAUGCAGGUACCUGCGGACAUAGGACAACCCAAUAUCACGAGAUUCACGCUACUCGUACAUGGACUGAGCGGGGUCUAUUUCCAACAACACGCUCGACUAAAUUACGACUCUGGCACGGUCCCAAAACGUUUCGCAGUCCACAUUCAGUUAGACAAAUCGGUUUACAAACCAGGACAGACAAUUAAUUUCCGGACAUUCGGAGUCUACUCUGACAUGACUGUUUUCAACGGACGCUUCAAUGUCGACAUUUAUGAUCCUAAGGGCAACCAUAUGAAAAAGCUGGCAAACGUCACUUCCGGCACAUAUGGGGUGCUCGAGGAUUUCAUGCUCAUGGAUGAAGAGCCCGUUCUAGGCACAUGGCGGAUAGAAUCACGUGCUUUAAGGCAUCGGUACGACGGCGUCGAGUAUUUUGAGAAGUCAAAUUCAAAGACAUUUCAAGUAGACAAAUAUGUGCUACCGAAAUUCGACGUGAAUGUCAACUUGCCGUCCUAUGUUGUUACCACUGAUAAGGAAAUGCAAGGGUCUAUCACAGCAAAAUACACAUACGGGAAACCUUUCAUCGGAACAGCAAAUGUAACAGCCGACAUUAACUACAAUGGGGCACCUUGGAAGAUCCGGGGCGAUGAAGUCAUGGUCAAAAUAUCGCUCGAUCUUAACGGUAAUGCUAAAUUCACGAUUCCCUUCGACCAACUCCUGAACGAAGUUGACCCCUAUUCAUACCAACCACUGGUAGAGAAACUGGCCGGCUAUCAACUCAUCAUAAGGGUGAAGGUCACUGAGAGUCUAAACAAUGUCACAAGGGAAGCUACGGGAUCGGUUCUCUUCUACAAAGAACCAUUCAGAGUGUCGUUCGCUCGUGAUAGCAGUCCAACCUUCUUCAAACCUGGCCUGCCUUACGUUGGACACAUCAAGUUAACGCAAGCUGACGGCCGUCCAGUCAUAUCUAACGCAACGGAUAUUUUGUUACGGAGUUACGUAAAAUUUUACGAAAAAGCGCACACUCUACCGGACAAGCAUUUCGCUCCAUCACCAACUGGUAUUAUCGAGUUUAUGGUUGAUCCUCCAGAAAACGCCACCUCUCUCCAUCUUCAAGUUGAGUACAAAGGACUUACCAACACCUACGACAUGACAAAGCCGUCCUGGUUGAUUGAAAAUGGGAACCUUCAGCUGUCUCAAGUCAAUUCAUCAAUGAUCGGGGAAGUCGUUGAUUUUCAGUUACUUGGUGCGGUGCCACUUGGAAAGGUUUUCUACUAUGUGAUAACAAACGACCACGUUACCCUAUCAGGAGCACUAGACUCGAUAUCCAAGACUGAGCAUAUCCACUUUCAAGUUCGGGACGAUAUGAAACCAUACAGCAAACUAAUCGUGUAUUACUUCACCACGGAUUCCUGGAAUGCGGAUUCCAUUCAUUUUGUUGCAAAGACAUCCGCUGAUGUCUUCCAAAACAAGAUAUCAAUGUCGUUUGACAAAACUCAAGCCGAACCAGCUGAGAAUGUUUCUCUUCAAAUUUCCACUGAUGCUGACUCUCUAGUGAACAUUCUUGCCGUAGACCAGAGUGUUUUAUUGUUGGCUACUGGAAAUGACAUCACCCAAUCUGAUGUAAUAACCUCACUACGUCCGAACGACAGACCUUCCCAGAAUGCCGCCUCUAUGCACGACCCAAAACAGAUCAUGCAGACCUCGGGUAUACAGGUUCUCUCGGAUGUAACCAGUUUUUCCUGGGCAGCCCCUCACUAUAAACGACAAGUGGACUGUUUCCCCGGAGGUAACUCCGGAUCCACGCUACAGGAAGUUAAACACACGAGAGAAAAUUUCCCCGAGACUUGGUUGUGGACAAACAUAGUUUCUGAUCAAAACGGCGCCGCUGUAAUCUCUGCGACGGUUCCGGACACGAUUACUUCCUGGUACGCUACGGCCUUCUCGGUUAACGCAUUGUCUGGACUUGGAAUCACCGAUGGGCCAUCAAAGUUCACGACGUUCCGGCCAUUCUUCGUCAGUCUGAAUCUGCCCUACUCUGUGGUGAGAGGCGAGCAGGUCGUCCUGCAAUCAAACAUCUUCAACUACAUGGGCCAGGACCUCGACGUGACAGUAACAUUGGAUAAAUCCGAUGACUUUGACGUCAUUCAAAACAAGAGUGGCCAUGUGACAUACCAAUCCAUAGAUGUUGUCACUCAAAUACACGUCAAAGCAGGAGCGGCAGCGUCAGUUUUCGUGCCAAUUGUCCCUCGUAUCGUCGGUCAAGCGGAGAUAUCUGUAAAAGCGCAGUCACCUUUCUCAGCAGAUGGUGUCAAACGACAACUUAAGGUCGAGGCUGAAGGAAAGAAGAUGCACUACAACGUUCCCUUACUGAUAAGCGAGCUGAACCCGACCGACGUGGUUUUGGCUUUCCCCGAUAACCUCGUGCCAGACUCGCAGAAAAUUCAAGUUGCUGCUAUUGGUGAUAUUAUGGGCCCUACCGUAAAGAAUCUAAAGUCUCUGUUACGCUUGCCGACUGGUUGCGGUGAGCAGACGAUGACGAGUUUUGCACCUGAUGUGUUCGUGUACAACUACCUGCAGGCCUCAAAUCAACUUACGCCGGAAAUUGCAGAUAUGGCUAAACACUACAUGAACAGAGGUUACCAACGUGAGCUUACGUUCCAGAGAUCAGAUGGAUCCUUCAGUAUCUGGGGCCAACAGGACUAUCAGGGAAGCAUGUGGUUGACGGCGUUUGUAUUAAAGUCGUUUUCCCAAGCUCACAGGCAUAUUUUCGUGUCCGACCAUAUGCUGCGUACUGCAACCACAUGGAUUUCGUACAAUCAGAACUCGGACGGCUCUUUCCGGAGUGUUGGAGCAGUUCACAGUACCUCUUUACAGGGAGGCAGUUCAUCUAAGUACAGUCUGACAGCGUUUGUGCUGAUUGGCCUGUUAGAAGCUGAGCAAGUACUUAAAAAUGAAUACCGUCUCACCAAUAUUGCUGCAAAGGCUCGCGGAUUUCUUGAGCUGCAUCUAGCCAAUUUGAAUCAUCAGUCUAAUGUGGAGUUGAUUAACGAUACUUAUGAUCUGGCAAUUACUGCUUACGCACUGGCCAAAGCGGGAAGUGUCCGAUCGUUUGACGCCUACACCAAGCUGAAGAGCAGAGCAACCACAACUAAAGACGGCAAGAUGUUCUGGCGAAUUCCAAGGGCUCAGUACACGUACAGCUACUGGGAAAGUUUCUACGCUCGAGAGUCACCGCUUUCCGUGGAAGCUACUGCCUACGCACUACUUUACCUCGUUCAGACCAGACAACUUUCUGAAGGGAUGCCACUCGUCAAGUGGCUCGUCUCCCAGCGUAAUUCACUCGGAGGUUUCACGUCUACGCAAGACACGGUUAUUGGUCUAGAGGCCUUGUCAGCCUUCGGGUACGUUACCACCGCAAACCUGGACCUUAAUAUCGAUGUGAAUGGCGUUCAUUAUAGCAAGAGUAUGCAUGUAACAAAGCAGGAGGCAAUGGUUAUGAAGCUACUAGAUGUUCCGUCCAGCGCCAUUCCAGCCUUCAGGCAACAUGGCGUGCACACAACUCCGGCCAACUCCCCGCUUCCAUCGAUAAGCAUUGAGGCACACGGAAACGGGUCCGCUCUCGUGCAAGUUUCAGUAUCGUUUAAUGUGGAGACUGAGCCAGCUGCUCCAGCGUUCAACCUAACAUCUGAAGUUGUGCAAGAGUCGCUACAUUCCAUUGUCGUAAAAACGUGCGCCAGGUACCUUUACUCCUUGUACCAUGGACCGGGCAUGGCGGUUGUAGAAAUCGAUAUGCCAACAGGUUUCGAGGCGGACCUUGAAAGCAAGAAUUCUGACAUCUCCUUAUCCAAGAAGUCUGAAAUCAGGGACCAGAAAACCGUCGUUCUCUACUACGAUGAGAUUGGUCCGUACGGAGACACCUGCUCCUAUGUUGAAAUGAUCAGAUCCGACCUCGUGGCCAACCUGAAGCCUGCUCCAGUCAGAGUCUUUGACUACUAUGAGCCAGAGCGAUUCAAGGCCUUGGCAUUCUACGAGUCGAGUGUCCUGCGGGAUUCCUCCUUCUGUGAUAUCUGCGCUGACUGUGGAUGCUAAUCAUGUUCGCGUUCGGCAAUGAUUUUGAAACCAGUGAAUAUGGGAAUACUUUAAAAGCAAAUAAAUGUCCAUUACACAAUAA